CAGUUUAAAGCGAGAACUCGGUAUAUCACGAUACCAGGACGGAGUCUCUCCCUCUCUCUCUCUCUCUCUGUGCGUCUCUCUCCGCGAUUCAAUUCGUUUGAAUGACAUACGCGUGAUACGUACUAUAUGAAUAUUUAGAAUCACGGCCGACGGACAAUUGGGGUAAAAGGGGAUAAAUAAUUGAAUCCGGCACCGGGAAGAGGCACGAUAUCGGAUGUAACGACCGGUUACAACAUGAUUGAUCGGCGAGUUGAGAAGCAGCAACAAUGAUAUUGCUCGAGCUUGCUACUGAUCGCGGCGAUCGUUUAAAAUUUUCAUCUCCAUGUUUUUUCACGAUCGGCCAACGUGUUUGCAAUACGAGUGAAAUAAAAGAUAGGAAAAAAUCGUCGAAAUACCGGAAAUAGGUUGUGCAAAGGAUUUAUGUGGUUUACGCAAAAUAAAUAAAUAAUAUCAUAAUAAUAUAUGAAAAGAAAGCAAGAAAUAUCAGUGCGGCUGAAGCAACGUUUUGACGAGAGGGAGAGAGAAAAAAAUACGACAUCUUUUUCUCCCUCUGGAGACAGCGUUGAAUAUUUAUCUUUUCAUCAUAUAGGCAAUGGCUCGUCACCGUACAAGUUUCGCGUCGACGGAAACGUUUCUCGUGAUUGUUUUGACAAUAUUUGCGGUGAACGUAGCAACGAGUAUGUCCGUAGAAAGGCGCAGACGUCACUCGAUCGGGGAGGCGGCCGACGACGACGGGACUAGCGAGCGUCGGCAAAGUAGUACCAGAUCGCUGGAUCACUCGAGUCCAAAUUCAUUGAGGUUCGAGGAGAGUCAAGAGUUCGAGAUGGGUCCAACGGAGAAGAAAAUGAGCCACAGACUGGUCGGUGGUCACAUGAGGUGGUUCGAUACGGGUACAAGAGCCAAGAGCGCGUCAUUGCUCGAGCGAGGAGAAGAAACGAGAAAGGAUACGAGGGAAAAUAGGAAUGAAGAAACGGACGAGGGGAGGUGGUGGGAAGAAGAGGAUCUGCUCGUAUCCUCGGCCGGUAACGGCAAGGAGAAAAAAUCAAAGAAGGAUGAGACGAGGGGCGGGGGGGGAGAGGAGGACGACGAGAAGAAGAGCCUUUCGCAACAGGUAAAAGAGGGCAAAUACGGACUUAUACAGAAUGAGAUAUACCCUUCGAGGGCCAAGAGACCGGGUAUAAUAAGUUACCUCUCGAAUCCCGAAGUACCCAAGGACAAUGCGAAAAAUCUCGGUGGCUUGGAAGAGGAUGACAUAUGGCUCGCCGAAGAUCACGUGCUCGUAUUACGGGGCGGUAACUUUCCCGAGCAUGACAACGAUGCGAACCGACUUUCGACAAACGCGGACGACUCGUUACCGAUCGACGAUUACAAAGCGCCAAAGAGGCAGGUCAAAAUACCCCCAAACCCGAAAGUACCGCCCCCCUUUCCGGUACAACUCACUGAAAACGGACCGGUACGGAUCCUCGUCGUCGUCAAUGGUACCUCUUGCUCCGCGAUCGCGGCUUGUCACGAGGACGAAUCAUUCGAGACGCCUGGGAACUCGACUGAAAAACUUUUACCGGGAGAAAACGCAGCGGACGGGGAUCGAGGAAUCGCCACGGAGGAUCCGCACGGCCAAGAGAAGAAACGUCUCAGCGGCAAUGCCACCGCAAUCGGCGACAAGAAUCAGCAUAGAAAUAUCAAGUCCGGCCACGUACCACCCCCCCGGAACGCUGGUAUUAUCGGGCCGUUUUAUCCAUCCCUUCCACCGGGUGCGGUAUUCGUCGUACCACCCGGCAAUCGCUCCGACUACGACGAAGAGGAUCAAUCGAUAUACUAUCCGGCCCCGUACAGUUUUAUCUACAAACAGGAAAAUUCGACUCCGGUACCACCGGGGCCGCUCGUUCCAGGUAUAAUACUUCCACCCCCGCCAGACUUUUUCUCCAAAUUGGAGGUCGAUGUAAAGACGUCGACGAAGCAGCAGACAUUGCGAACGAAAUAUACGAAGCCUCGACCUGACGCGGCGUCCUCUCUUUCAACGGGAACCGAUCGAACAUAUUAUCCAACUCGUAAGUCACUUCCAAAAGUGUACAAGAGCCCCUCAGCGACAACGACGAAAUAUACGACGGGGGGAUCUCAAAAUUCUUCAUCUUUAAAUAUGAGACAUCUCAGUGGUAUUAAAUACAAGAGUACCACGCUCCGGUCCAACUCGAAAAAAUUAUACGCCGAGCCGGAAAGGAUAGAACAACUUGUUAGAAAAAUUUCGGUCAACGGUAAGGAAAGGUCUGGCAUCGAAAGUACGGAAUCGUACACGGGAAAAGAAAACUCUGUGACCGGCGGUUCGAAAAUCGAUGAGACAACUAUCAAAUCAAAGACCCGAUGGGUUGCCAGUGUCAGCAGCAAACCCGUUCCUCUCGUCAGUUAUUACUCGAGCUCGACGCCUUCGACGAUCGACCGACCUAUCGAGAUCAACGAGGUUACUCCGUCCCCGACGGGGAAAGAACGAGGCGGGACUCGGAGGCCGCAUCAAGCCUCCUAUUAUUUUUACGAAGAGGUCAACGAGGAAGAAACAACGCCGAACCCAAAGAUCUAUUAUCGCGCGACUACCGAAACUCCCCCUUCUCUGUACUACAGGUUGCAACAACAGAUCGAUCUCCGCCAAUCCCACCAACAAAGGAAUCGAGCCAAAGGGGAAGAAGAAGAAAACCAACAGUCUCGUUUCGAUGAUGACGGCCACCUUGGGCCGGUGCGGACUACUCAAACGACUGAACGACCGUUGGACACGGUUGAUGCGAGGCCUCUCGAAAAAACGACUCUCCGUUAUUAUAAUUCAAUAAAUUCCGAAGCUCCGGCUAUAAAUUCAGGUUUAUCGAGCGGUAAACUCAAGAAUUCACGAAUCCUCGGGGACGUUUCGCCCUCGUACUACGACGAUGAGGUGAUUACCACCGCUCGUACGCGUCCGCAUACGACGUCGAAUUUGGAAGAUUUACAGAGUCCGCGAACGUUGUACGCGACAACUACGAGAACAACGAGUCUGCCGGGUGUCUCGCACGAAGGUUAUCGUUACGAUUAUGAUCGAGCCACCGAGCCAAAAGCGAUCUAUCAAUACAGCUAUGAAUCGGCGGAUUAUUUGAAACGAAAGGAGAAAAAAUACGAUAAUUACGAGAGUGAAAAUCCACGUUCGAGUUAUUACAACGAGAAACGAAUCGCAUCAACGCGACUACCGUUCGACGAGUGGUCGUACGCGAGAGCCAAUAACCAGCAGCCGGUGUACGAUUACGAGGAAAGGAAGCUCGAAGACGAACGAGAUACAAGUUCGGAUGCUCGGAAUACUCGAUACGAAGAUCCAAACGGAUUGCAACGACCUAUCGUUUCGUACACCGGAACAACGGGAUCACGAACGAAUGAUGAGGAUACGACCACGAAUCCCCAUCAGGUUUACUAUACGAAAAACGAUGAUCAACUGUUGGAUGAGGUUACGCGAGAAUAUUUUACCAAUUUCGGCAAAAAGAUCAGAGUUGAAAGUUUGCCCGGUACGACGCCGAUCAAUGACUAUACCGAUUCGAGACUCGUCGUUACCGAUCGACCUCGUUAUACGCAAGUUGAAUCUUAUUAUCUCUCCAAUGAUUACGAGGAAGGAUCGAGUUCGGGUGUCGCACCGGCAAUUCCCGCUUCCGCUCCUCCUCGUGCCAAGAUACCACGGGUCAAAGUACAUUACGGUCACCAACCCCAGGAAAAACCUCAUUCUCUCGAGUCUGAUACCCGAGUCAAUUACGAGAAUCCAUUGCCGUCGUUCAACCCUGACAGCGAAUGGAUACCAGGUUUCGAGCCCAAUGAGAAAUCUGUCCGCAAGCAACCCUCGCUCAUUCCCUCCCAUUAUCGACAACAUCACACCCAACUCGAUAAUCAAGAAUACAUUGGUAGAGCAAAUGUGCUGCCAAGACGACAGCAGCAGCAAUUCGAUCGAAUCGCAUCAGCUCCUCCAACAAAUUUUCUCCCAUUGACUCGUUCAAGGCCGGAUACUUCGAGAACGUACGCAACCUCCGCAAGACCAUCGCUCCCGUCCCUUCGCGAUGACAUUGACGUUAAUUAUCGAGAUCCAAAGCCUCCCAUCAAUCCCGACGCCGAAUACAUAGAUCCCUCGGUUUUGCGGGAAACCGUUGCCGCCGUCAACAACAACAACAACAACAACAACAACAACAACAACAACAACAACAACAACGGCGGGGAAAAAGCUUCCUACUUUGCUUACAAACUACCGGGAGACAGUGGCCACUUUUACUUUCUCACACCGCAAGCGAUAACUCAGAGGCGAGAUGAGAACGGUGAGGGAUAUCUCUAUCCAAGACCAGGGAUCUCAAGGUUUUCGAGGCAGAGGCGACGAGGCACCCGAAGCUCUUGAACCUAACCUGAAUUUGUAAACCCAGAAAAACGGCAAUUGCGAGAUGCCAUUGUGAAUUAAUAUACACACAUACGCGCGUAUGCAAUCACGGAUGUCAUACGAGCGAUCGCUGUGGCAGCGCCAAGUGCACAAAGAAUAUUUAUUGACUGUAUAUACGAGAUGUGACCAAUUCAAUAGUGCGUAAUUUUCUCCAUCGAAUGCUUAAAUAAUUAAUUAUAUAUAGCGAUAUUAAGAACUUGCUGCGUAACCAAUGGAAACACGGAGAGGGGGGGGGGGGGGGGGGGCGCGCGCUUUAUCGACUCUAGUGUGUUUGCUGAUUGUCUGUGAUUAAUGGUCUUAAACUUGUGUUAUAAAAGCGUGAGGAGGGUCAGAGCUUUUCAUAACUUAAUCCAGGAUCUAUCCUGGGAUCCGGCAUAGAUAGUUGUCAAGCGCAUUUCGCUUGAGCAAAUUCAUUCUAAACGUCAUACUAUUAUUCGUCAUUUUAUUAUUAUUUUGCUAUUAUAAUCGAGCGGUGAAUUCAGAUGCGCGCAGAGCCAAAUAAAAAGAAAAACAGAAUUUAUUCGAGACUGGAACGAUAAAUAAAACUUAAAAAAAAUCGUCGGAUGCAAAGUUCAAUAA